UUCUGCGCUAUUGAGCACUCCAGAGAAACCUUCUGAUCAUAGCAUAAUUGACAAUAAAUAAAUGCAUAAAAAUCCCUUGUUGCUAAAUAUUGAAUAAUAAGAAGGCUCUUCGUAAAUAGAAAAACAAGGAGUUGUUAAUUUAUUAAACUUGCCGGCCUGCUAGCCGAAUGUAGGAUGAGGGGUUAAUUAAAGGAUGAACAUCUUUAACAAGUGUCGAGUGGCAUAAGAGGUUAACAUUUUGACAUACAGUCGCAAUAGAAAUGUCUCCGGAGCCAACACAGGAGCCAAUUGAGCAGAAUCUCAAAGCUCCCAAUUUGAAUGUUGAGCAACCAGCUGCCGAUUCUGAUAGCGAGGAUGAGGAGUUCGGAGCUGCUGGGUAUGUUCCAUUGUCACAAGUACCCACCGAUAGUGAUACUCUUCUAGAUGAUGAUGAUGAGGAUGACCAGUGGGUUCUCCCGAUAAGUCAACAGUCCUACUCAUUCCCAGAGGAGGAUACCCAUGAACCAGAGAACCCGGAGACCCUCCAGGUUUGGUCCUCUCCAUCCACUGCAUCAAACAUCAAUUUGGAUGCUGAUAAAAUCAAUCAAGUAAAGUCUGCCAUGGCUGCAUUUACACUACCGAAGGCUGCAAUACCAGAGUGGGCACAGGCUGUCUCCGAGGAGCAGUGGAAGAAUCGUCUUAUCGAUAAAAUCAAAGAGAUGCAGAAACGCGAGUAACUUAUCCCAGGAGUAAUUGUCACAUACUUUUAUGUUCCUCUCAUCAAGCAAUUUCAUGUAAAAAUCCUAUCCUAUCAUUUCCAAUUGUAUAAAGAAUUUAUUAGAAGAUUAUAAAAGUUUCAUAGUUGACAUUUAUUUUAUAAUAAAUUCUUUAGGAAUUAUCAAUACAAAAUUUGUGAAAAUAAAGAAUACGAAUACAUGAAUGGAAAUUCAGCUGUGAAAUGAUAUGAAAUUAGAAUUGUUUAUUCAUCCAAGGUAUUUUUAGAAGAAAAAAAAUCAGUUCUAUGUAGUUAAAAUUCCAAAUAAAAUGUUUCUUGACAUGGGCAUGAUUUUGUAAAUCAA